CGUAACUGUUCUGGUGCAUUCCAAUGGAAGUGGAGACCUUUUACUGUCAUAGCAGCUGCAUCAACCUUGUGUGACAGGUCUAUACAAAGGAGUCAUGUUGUACCAUAACCCCGAUUUUAUACUCUCUUCUCAUGAAUAAAGAAUGUGCCUACCAGGGGCGGACUGACCAUUUGGAAACUCGGGCACUGCCCAAGGGCCCGGGGUCAGUAGGGGGCCCCAUGAGAUGCCCCUGGUACCUUUUUCAUAGGCUUUUUUGAGUUUGGGCAAGGACACAGGGGCCCCAUGAUCCCCUAUUGCCCGGGGGCCCCAUGA